GGCGCUCGGGCAGGCGCGGCGCUGCCAACCCGGCUCUCCGCGCUCACCGGGGUCCGGGCGAGCCCCGAGCGCCUCGGACCAAUCCAAAGCGAUUAUGCAAGACGGCGGACCAAUCAGCUCCGCCGUCUCAUGAAUAUUCAUAGACUUGGCUGAGUCAAAGCUUUUAGGCGAGUUUGUGUAGAUCUACAGCAUCAUGCUUAGACUUUUCAAAGAGACAAACUCCAUUUUCUUAUGAAUGGAAAGUGAAAAACCCUGUUUCGCUUAAAUUGGGUUCUUUCCUGUCCUGAGAAACACAACAGACCCCAAAAAGGCAAGCUGAAGAGAGAACACACACACAGACCAAGCGACAAGAAAUGACCAUGACUACUAUGCCAGAGAGUCUAAAUAGCCCCGUCUCAGGGAAGGCUGUCUUUAUGGAGUUUGGGCCGCCCAGCCAGCAAAUGUCUCCUUCUCCCAUGUCCCACGGACACUAUUCCAUGCACUGUUUACACUCCGCGGGCCACUCUCAGCCUGACAGCUCGUACAGCACAGCUUCGUCCUUCUCCCGACCGCUGGGCUACCCCUAUGUGAACUCGGUCAGCAGCCACUCGACCAACCCCUACAUCAGUUCAGUGCAGUCCUACCCCAACAGCUCCAGCCUGACUCAGACCCGGUUAGAGGAGACAGGGGCCGAAUCGGAGAAAAGCACUGUGGUAGAAGGAGGGGAAGUUCGAUUUAAUGGGAAAGGAAAAAAAAUCCGCAAACCCAGGACUAUUUACUCCAGUUUGCAGCUCCAGGCUUUGAACAGGAGGUUCCAGCAGACUCAGUACCUGGCUCUCCCCGAAAGAGCCGAGCUCGCAGCAUCUCUGGGACUCACCCAGACCCAGGUGAAGAUUUGGUUUCAGAACAAGCGCUCCAAAUUCAAGAAGCUGAUGAAGCAAGGAGGGGCCGCCCUGGAGAGCAGCGCCUUGACCAACGGCAGGGCUCUCUCGGGCAGCUCGCCACCCGUGCCUCCAGUGUGGAAUACCACUUCCUCCUCCGGUAAGGCCUCGUCGGGGACCCCGGGCACCUACAUCCCCAGCUACACGUCGUGGUAUCCUUCGGCCCACCAAGAAGCUAUGCAGCAGCCGCAACUGAUGUGAUUAUAUCCAUUAGGACGCUGCACGGUAGCUCGGUGCAGGAGAGCACAGAUGUGAUGCGGGCCGGUUCCCACCGCUGACAGCUGACGGAGCGGCCCCGAGCACCGCACAACAGCCUGGGAGCAGAGCGAGCGCCGGCCGCGGCUUUGUGGGACAAUCAGAAAAAGAUGUCUGGGGGGCGGGGAAGCCCUCUCCUCUGUCCUGUCUGUCUGUCUGUGUCUGUUGAAAUGUAGGUCAUUUAUUUACUACCCCGAUCUGACGGUCUCUUCAAUUGCAAGAGGGAAGGAAGCUGUACAAUUUACCAGAGUUUCUUUCCCGCGACGUUUUCUGUACCUUUCAGUAUCCAUCUGUAUAUUUUUUGUUGUUGUUAAAAGGGGAAGACAGGGGCUUUAUUUAUUGAUUUAAAUUACCACUAUGAGAGUGCUAAAAACAAACUCAGCUUGCUGAGUGUACUGCUUGGACGCACAGUUCAAACAAAACCACAGACGGUCCGUCGUCCCGUUCCCCCCCCCCCCGCUUCUCCCCGAAUAAAUCACCACGAGGGAAGGAUGCGAUUUUAACUUUUACAAUAACUUUUAUACUUCGCUGGUGUGGAGAGUUUUGGUCCGAAUGAUUUGCAUUUCUCGCGUAUUUAACAAAGGAAAUAAAUGCACAUUGUUUGGUACUCUGAAGUGGAAUCGCAGCAGCUGCCAGCGCUUUGCUGAGGUGAAGCAAAGCGCAGAGGACGGAACAAGAGCCCGGAGGGCGGUGGGGGGGACCCGCCGGGAGGGCGGACGGGCUGGCACACCCGCGCAGUCCCGACGCGGCCUCCCCGCGCAAAGCCGGCCCGAAGUCGAAAUGCACAAACCGACGUGCAGGAGCUACUCGCUGUACAUAUUUUAUUCUUAAUUAUUAUUAUUAUUGUUCUGUAAACAUGUUGCACAAAUUUAGCCUUUUUUUAAUUAUUAUUAUUAUUAUUAUUAUUAUUAUUUCCGUUCUGUUUCGUGUGACUGUAAAACAUGAUGCUUUGUGUACUGAGAUCUUGACAUUUUACUUGUGAAAUUCGAAAAAUGUGAUAAACUGAGCUCGACUGUGUUUAGUGUUCUAUAUGUCAAAGUUUAGUUUUAUAUUGAGAAUGUUAACUUAUUGCUUUGUAUCUGGGGGAGGAAAUGGAAAAAACCCACACAAAUCUUUGUACAUAAGUUAUAAAGUUUCUUUGAGACAGUAAAAUUAUGGUUUGGAAAAAGAGA